AUAAGAACUCUGGAAGAAUACAGAGCAAAUACAAUUGACAUUUGUCUAUAUAAACUCCGGUAUGUAUCCAAAUAUACAAUGCGUUUAACAAAGUUUAUAAAACAAUCAAACUCAGAAAAGGAGAUCUAAGAGCAUUGUAAGAUAUGGAAGUGGCAAGAGUAACAAACCUAGGGAGCUCUCUGGAGGUACCUUCAGUCUAUGAACUGGCCAAGGUAAAGAUGGCUGCAGUGCCAUCCCGAUACGUACGUCCCGAUCAAGAACCAGCUCUUUCCAGGUCCAAUCCCGGACUUGAAGUCCCUGUAAUUGACAUGGAACUGUUACUUCACGGAGAUAAAAUGGAGACUGAGCUGAAUAAAUUAGACCGUGCCUGUAAGGAAUGGGGUUUCUUUCAGCUAAUAAACCAUGGGGUGAGCGAUUCAUUACUUGACAGAGUGAAAACUGAGGUUGAGGAGUUCUUUAAGCUGCCACUAGAAGAGAAGAGAAAGUUUGGUCAACUGGAUGGAGAUAUAGAGGGAUAUGGACAAGUCUUUGUAGUCUCGGAGGAACAGAAGCUUGAUUGGGCCGACAUGUUUUUCAUGAUCACCCUUCCUCCCGAGCUAAGAAAACCUCACUUAUUACCGCAACUCCCUCUUUCAUUCAGAGUUGCUAUCGAGGCUUAUUCAAUGGAGUUAAAGAGCCUGGCCAUGAAAAUUUUGAACAUAAUGGCAAAAGCUCUCAGAAUGAAGCCUGAAGAAAUGGAAGUGCUAUUUAAUGAAGGCAUGCAAUCAAUGAGGAUGAACUGCUAUCCUCCAUGCCCUCAACCAGAACAGGUUAUUGGACUCACGCCUCAUAGUGAUGCUACUGGCCUCACCAUUCUUUUUCAACUUAACGAAACCGAAGGCCUCCAGGUUAGGAGGGACGACAUCUGGAUCCCAGUUAAACCGUUGCCUUCUGCUUUUGUUAUAAACAUUGGAGAUAUUUUGGAGAUUGUGACUAAUGGAGCGUACCCUAGUAUUGAACAUAGAGGCGUUGUGAACUCUGUGAAAGAAAGAUUGUCCCUGGCUACUUUUUUAUCCCCUAACCUUAAUGGAAAAUUCGGUCCUGCGCCCAGCCUUUUGUCGUCCGAAACUCCUCCAAAGUUUCAAAGCACUGCUACUGACGAUUUCUUGAAGGGAUUUUUUGCUCAGAAACUUAAUGGGAAAUCUUUUUUGGACACUCUAAGAAUAUAAACCAAUGUCCUUCAAUCCGAGACCGAGGGUGUUGCUAUAUUUGAAAUCUGCCUUCAGCUAUAUAUCGAAUAAAGUUAUAUGGUGGUCACAUGUUUUAAGUUGUUUAGUUCAUAUAUAUAUGUAAUUGUAUGGAAUAAUUUAUAACAGCUUGGUUUCAUCAAUAUAGAUGUAUGCGUUUGUAAAUUA